AUGUCGCUCUUUGGCACCUUUCCCGGCUCGUCGCGCGGGCCAGCACACGCGGCUGCGCCCAAGGACCAUGUCGUGGGUCAUCAAUUCUCGCCCUACGACUCCAACGGUGGCAGCAUUGCGGCCGUGUGCGGGAGUGACUUUUGCGUGAUCGCAUCCGACACGCGCCAGAGCACGGGCUACAACAUCCAGACGCGCUACAAGCCCAAGGUGUUCCGACUGAACGACAAGGCGACGCUGGCGACCAACGGGUUCGCAGCCGACGCCGAGGCGCUCGUAUCGCGCAUCCGUCAGCGGCUCGAGAUGUACCGCCAUGCACACGGACGUUCGAUGCCACUGCACUCGAUCGCACGCAUGAUCUCCACCAUGCUCUACGGCAAGCGCUUCUUCCCCUACUACGUCUACAACAUCCUCGGCGGCCUCGACGAACAGGGCAAGGGCGCAGUCUACUCGUUCGACCCCGUCGGAAGCUACGAGCGCGAGUUCUGCCGUGCUGCAGGUGCGGCCCAGUCGCUCAUCCAGCCGUUCUUUGACAACCAGAUCAUGUUCAGGAACCAGUCCGACACGCCGGAACGCAAGGUACCCACGCCGGGCCAGAUGACCCUGCCCGAGGUGCUCAAGAUCGUCAUCGACUCGUUCACCUCCGCCACCGAGCGUCACAUCGAGGUGGGUGAUGGUCUCGAGGUGUUUGUUGUUCGCACGCCUGCCGCCGCAGCGUCUGCAGAGGGCGACCAGGCCCAGGCCGCCACCGGCGCAGCGGCCGUCGAUCUCAACACGCUCCCCUCCGACGCGCCCUUCAGCGUGGCAGAAGCCGUGGGCGGUGAAGACGAGCAGCAGCCAGGCGCCGUCAUGGUCAUCAGGAGAGAGCUCAAGAAAGACUAG